AUGACCUUGCCCGAACUUGUAAUAGGGUUCAUGUCAUAUUAUGCUAUGUAUGAUUUCAACGAAUGGCAUAUUGACGUUAGGAGGAAAGAGCUACGCAAUCGAAACGAAGUCACGACAGUUGGGUACCAAAACGAAGGAGUACGGUUGAGCAUUGAGUGUCCUGUGAAUGGAAAGUGUCCAACACGGAAUGUCACAAAAGAAUGUUAUAAAGCUUUCAGAAAAGCUAUCAACCACUUCAACUCGUUAAUAUGGAAGCAGGUAGCCAAGGAAAAGGAGAAAGAUGAGUUUUUUGACGCUAUUGUUAAUAUGCUGGGAAUUAACAAGAAAUUGUAG